UGCUACAUUGUCCCAACAAUGCACAAAUAACAUUUGUUGAUUCCAAAGGACUCUACUUUACGUUUCAGCUUUCACUGAGGCUGUUCUUCUUCUUAUGCAUCAUUUCAUAACUUUAAAAAGCGUCACUGUCUAUGCUCCACUUUUUACAAUGCUUCAUUCAUCUCAUUUUCUCCACACUAUUUAAUUCACACAUGUAUCACUUAUGUUUCCGAUGAAGAGAACAACCACUAACGAAGAGGUGUGAAGAUUAUAAGGACGUGUCUGUCUGUCUGUCUAUCUAUCUGUUUAUUUAUCUAUUUAUUUAUCUAUUUAUUUGUGUGUGUUGUUUGCUCGACAUGACGAUGUGGAAGAACAUGACGGUGGUGAUGGCCAGUGUAGUGGUGAUGGGGUGGUUGUCAUGGGUGGUGAUGGGAAAUCCAGUGCUUCAUAAGGUGGGAGGCUCCAAAGGUUGGAUCAAUAAUCAUGAUGUCAACUACACUGAAUGGUCUGCCCAAGAACAUGUCUAUGUUGGAGAUUGGCUUUUGUUCACGUUUGACAAAAGAUACUUCAAUGUUCUGGAGGUGAACAAGACAAGCUACGAGAACUGCAUAGACAGAGAUUUCAUAAGCAACGUGACAAGAGGUGGUCGUGAUGUGGUGCAGAUGACAGAGGCAAAGACCUAUUACUACCUCUCAGGUGGAGGCUACUGUUUCCAUGGCAUGAAAGUUGCUGUGCAUGUUCAACAACAUCCUGCAAUGGCACCAGCUCCAUCCAUGCCUGUCUCUGCUUCUCUUUUGCCCUCGCUCACGUCUUCCUGCGUUUCGAUCCUUCUCGUUAAUGUCGUUUAUUAUGUCAACUUCCUUUUCAUGGAUGGUUCGUGUCUGCUGAGCUUUUCUUAGUAUCAUCUGCUGUGCUUUUAAAAUAAUAAAAAAAAAUCAAUCUAUCAGUAUAUUUUAAAGGCACACCAUACAAAACAAUUCAACAGAAAAUUUAAAUAUUCGAUUAUAAGAUUAUUAGGAAGAAGCAUUGAUAUGGUUGUUUGUUGUUGAAAGCUACAAUGGCUUGUGUUGUUGGUUAGAUGUUUAGGUUUUUAGGGUUUGUGGGGGGUGUGAAGGAAAGACCUUGUUCAUCUUCUUUUAUAUAUAUAUUUGCUGAUUUUAUCUUAUCAUUUUCA